UCAACCUUCUCACAACACCAUGAAGAGCUGUCAAAAAAAUACAAGAAACUCACGAAGAAAUAAAUAAAAAAAUUAAAAAAAAUCGAACGAAGGCAAACAAAGAACGGGAAAUUAUAAUUAAUAGUGAACUAAUUGCAAAAAUUGUACAAAUCAAACAGUUUACAAAUGGAAACAUUUCGAAAGCUUCAAGAGAUUUGAUAAAACAAAAACUAAUAUCAUCAGACCCAAACAUUGACGUUGCCGUCGUUGUUUUUGCUGUCGUCGUCGAUGUUGGUUGGUUGUCGUUUUAGGGGGAUAAGCAAGCAGGCGAAUGAAUAAAAAAAGAAUCAUCCAUCCAACAAACAUGACACAGAGAUUACAACAACAAUAAAGUAAAUUAUAAAAAUAAUAAUAACAAAAAAAUCCCAAACCAUAGCCCCACAGCCAAGCAUCAGUCAUCAGCGACACGGCACGGCAAGAUCGUCAUCAUCAUCAUAAUUUUUGUGGGUAUUUUGGGGCGAAAAAGUAAUCGCAGACGUUGGGACGUUGGUGGGAAAGAAAGUUGUGCCAUUUGCCUAGCUGUCUGUCUGUCUGCCUGCCUGCCUUAACUAAAAUAGACAUUAGAAUUACUGUUGUGUGCAAUAAGCUCGGCCUGUGUGUUUGUCGGUCGGUCUCUGUGGCAAAUAAGGGCGUUUGACCGAACCGACCGGAUAUCAGCAAUAAUUAUUUAUGCUCAAAACGUUUGUGCCCAAAUUACCACAAACGGAACGACGGAAGACAUCGUGUAGCAGUUGUUGUUGUUGUGCGACGGCGGCCUUAUUAUGAACUUGGUAAUGGAUCAUCAACGUAAGCGCAAUACCUUCACCAGUUAUGUUGCACCUCCAGCAGGGGAUGUUUCUGCCUUGACCGAUGAUGAAUGGAAUCUGCCGGGAGAUAUGCGCGAUGUGCAUUUGGCAAAACCCCGUCUGUUGCCCAAUGAAUUGGUGGUGGCCUCUGCACCGGCCUAUUUGUUUCCAUCGAUUGCCCCCAUAGACUUGAUUGGUGAAGGAGAGGGAGGAGGGGCAAAUGGAGGUUCCAAGGAGGCAGUUUUUGGUCUAUUAAGUGUCACGAAUUUUAAAUUGGCCUUUGUUCCUUUGCAGCGGGAAUCAACGCUUUCAUCUGUUGCAUCUUUGGCCCAGGAACAUUUACUGCUCUCCCGCAACGAUAUUACCCUCAAUAACAUUGAUCAUGUCUAUCAAGUGGCUGAAACCGGCAAAGCUGUCAGUGCCUUACCAGGCAAUGUGGGAAGACGAAAAAAGAAACUGGAUGCCCAACAGAAACCCAUAAGUGGACGCAUUGCUGCAUUACACAUAUUGUGCAAGAAUUUCCGUUUACUCAAAUUCGCUUUUCAGUAUUCCAAAGGUGGCAAAGAUUGGGGCAAACACAUUGCCUCGGCUCUGGCCCGAUUUGCCUUUCCCACACGGCAUGAUCUCAGUUUUGCCUAUUGCUAUCAGGAACCCUACUACUCAACCCUAUCGAAAUCCUCGGUUAGUAUGUAUACAACGAAAAAUGAUUGGGCGCGGGAGCUAAUUCGCUGUGGCACCUCAAAUUGGCAGGUGAUAAGCUCGGAUUCUGAACCAUUACUGCAAAAUGAUCGCCACUCUUCCCGCUACACAUUGCCUGCCCAUUUCGUCAUACCCAAGGCUUGUCCUGUGGAAAUGUUCUUGAAUUGGACACUGGCCUAUUGUGAUUCGAGAGCUGUCUUCUGGGUUUAUGGCUAUGGAAAUGCUUCGCUGGUGCGCCUGGCUGAGUUGAAGAACAGUCAACAGGACAACACAACGGAAAAUGUAAUGUUGGAGAAUGUCAGAUCGGCCAAUGAUCGAAAACAGUUACAUUUAUUGCAACUAACCGACCGCUUGCCCUCCAUUUUGGAUGUUCACAAGGCCUAUGAAAAGCUGCGGCGUAUUUGUGCCCCAGAAAGCCCUCAACAUUUCUCAGUGGAAGACUCUAAAUUCUUGGUAUUGCUUGAAAAAUCCAAUUGGCUGUUUUAUGUAUCCUUGUGUCUGCGUUAUUCCUGCGAGGCAGCUGAGAAGUUGCGCCAAGGUGUCACCUGUGUUCUGCAGGAAACCAAUGGCCGUGAUCUGUGUUGUGUGGUAUCUUCAUUGACUCAAAUUAUUUUGGAUCCAUUCUAUCGCACCAUAGACGGUUUCCAGUCUUUGAUACAGAAGGAAUGGGUGGCCUUGGAGCAUCCUUUUCAACGUCGCCUGGGCCACAUUCGCCAGCAGGCAGACUCAAAUGGGCCGCAGGAGGAAAGUCCAGUUUUUCUUCUGUUCUUAGAUAGCGUUUGGCAGCUGCUGCAGCAAUAUCCCGAUGAAUUUGAAUUCUCACAAACGUAUUUAACCACAUUGUGGGAUGCGUGUUUCAUGCCCAUAUUUGAUACGUUCCAAUUCGAUUGUAAUGCGGAUCGCCUGAAGGCUGUAAAAGAAAAUCAAUUGAUAUUGCGGCCAGUUUGGGAUUGGUCGGAGCAGUUUUUGGAAAAAGAUAAAAUGUUCUUUACCAAUCCAUUCUAUCAAAAGCAAAAGUCGGAAGUACCCUGCAGGAGAUCAGUGGCCAUACCAGCGGGAGGAAUUAUGCUGCCCGGUCUGGCCAAACCACCAAUUGCUGCCGCUCUGCAACGCUCCACCCUAAGUCCCAAUAGCUUUGUGGCCCAAUCUUCCAUACCCAAAGACCGUUAUCUCCAGCCCGAUCAUCAUAUGUCCGCCAUGGCCAUAUGGGAACAAUGCUAUUAUCGUUGGAUGCCCAUUGUCGAGAUAAAGCGUGGUGGUUUUCCCCAAAUUGAGCUGCAGCAUCGUCUUCUCCUCAGCAAUGUCUCGAAAUUACAAAGAUGUUUAGAUCUUCAAGAAUAUGAUGAUCUACCGGAUGUCUACUAUGAAUUGACCAAGGAAAAGAAACCCCCUGGCGCUGUAAUGGCCCCGGGCCAGCAUCAGGCAUCUGCCGUGCCCCCAUCUCCUGAGAUUAUCGAUGGUGUUGAACGUCGUCGUCGCAUCUCAUUGCCCCACUCUAAUUCAGCUGCUGUUGCUGCCCUAACGCCCGAGGGUGUUUCCAGUGUCCUACCCGAAAUUUCAUCGUUCUUUCCAUUUAGUGUAAAUACCGGAGAAACGCAACAAUUACAUGAUAUCUUAUCCAGUAGUCAUGAAUAUCUAUUGGAGGGAUCGAUAAUGGAUAGGUUAUCAAUUGCCUAGCCAUAGGGGAACAUGGUUGCCCCUAGCAUGGAAUGGAAUGAAGAGAAAGUUCUUGGAGCAGAAUCGGGUUUCUUUCCUUAGCAAGCAAAGAGAUCUAAUGUUACCUGGUUACUUGUUAUAUAAAAAAAAUCAAUUGGUAUAACAAUUAUACCGACUAUUGCUAAACCCUAAAUUGCAACAUGCAUAUUCAUAUGUCAUAAGCCAAAAUUUAUUGAAAAUAAUCUAUAUGAUACAAAAAAAACGAACUAAUACUAAUUUAAAAAAAGCUUCAGCGUCGUUUUGAACAAAAAUGGAUAACCAGCCGCUAUAUUGAAAAAACAAA